CCAAGUGAGGGCGCGGGUGCCAUGGAGGCCCAGAAAUGGACAGAAAUAGCAACGUCCAUCAGCUACAAAAACCUUUUCAUGGAAAAGCUCAGUCACUAGCACUUCCGAGCAAAAAAUUUGCAGAUAGAUUUUUCGCGAAAGGAAGAAGACUCAGAGAGUUUUGUUGUGGAAAACAACAAAAAAUGGAAGCAAAGCCAACUGAGAUCAGUAGCUCAAAGAUGUUUGGAGGGUACAACAAGAGAUACAAGCAUUUUAGUCCAACACUUGGCUGCUCCAUGACUUUCCACAUUUAUUUCCCUCCUUCCAUUUCCUCUUCUCACAAAUUCCCCGUCCUUUAUUGGCUCUCAGGCCUUACCUGCACUGAUGAGAACUUUGUAAUUAAGUCAGGAGCUCAACGUGCUGCCUCAACUAAGGGUGUUGCACUGAUUGUCCCUGAUACAUCUCCAAGAGGCCUGAAUGUGGAAGGAGAGUCAGACAGCUGGGAUUUUGGUGUAGGUGCUGGAUUUUAUCUUAAUGCUACUCAAGAGAAGUGGAAAAAUUGGCGAAUGUAUGACUAUGUUGUCAAGGAACUGCCUAAACUUCUCAGUGAUAAUUUUCCACAGCUUGAUACAUCAAGGGCAUCUAUAUCUGGUCAUUCAAUGGGUGGCCAUGGUGCUUUAACAAUAUAUCUGAAGAACCUUGAUAAGUACAAGUCAGUUUCUGCCUUUGCACCAAUUGCCAAUCCUAUAAACUGUCCCUGGGGCCAGAAGGCUUUCACAAAUUAUCUUGGUGGCGACAAAGCUGAUUGGGAGGAAUAUGAUGCUACUUCCCUAGCUUCAAAGUUUCAUGGUGUAUCUGCUACGAUUUUAAUUGAUCAGGGAGAGGAUGACAAGUUCUUGCAUGAUCAGUUGUUGCCUGAUAACUUUGAGGAGGCAUGCAGAAGUGCUAAUGUUCCACUUCUAUUGCGAAUUCAACCUGGUUAUGAGCACUCCUACCAUUUCGUUUCCACUUUCAUUGAUGAUCAUAUCAGCCACCAUGCUCAAGCUCUUAAUCUGUAAUUCACUCUGGUAAACUAUGGGUAAUGCAACAAGUGGGUGUGCUAAUGUGGCUCCAAUGCUAUGGUGAUCCUUAAAUAAAGCUUGCUUGAUUUCCCCAGGGUUCACCAAAAAUGGGGGAAAAUGUAUAUAUUUUCCUCUUCUUUUGAAAACUGACAACACUUUGUUUCCUUAUCAUUCACUUGAUACCUGUUCUGGGGACCUUGGUGUUGCUUUCUAUAUGCAUUUAGUGUCCAUGCCCAAUGAUAAUGGUGGUGGUGGUGUUAUUAUUAUUAUUA